AUUGACUAAGAUAUACCGUAGUGCUUUAUAACGUGGGCGGGGGGGGGGUGUCGCGAGUGAAUCCUACUCUUAAAUACCACGGUGAAUGUUAAAAAUUUACUUAAAGCUGCAAUUUAACUUAAUUAUUGAUAAGUAUACAUUUAGGGGCAAUGCCAAGUGAAUGGGGACGCGACUGAUACGGCAUCGCCGGCCGUCAAAGGCAAGUGGGCACGAUUUUUUACACCAAAUAUUCAACAAACAAUAUCAUAAAGAGCAUUACAACAUCGACAUUAUAAUGUUAACAUUAUUAUUAUUUCGCUGUCUAUAGCGAGAUAAUAUAUUUGUUUUAAUUUUACGCCAGUUUUGUUUUUCUUAAAAAAAAUGAGUCCGUGGAGUAAGAAGCCGCGGCGAGGGUGGCUCUGCCCGGCAAAGAGCGCAGGGCUCCGGUAGGGCUCGCUAGCCCAGGCCGGGGACUCGGCCUACUUCUACGGACUCUCACCACAUUGGGAUUUACGAGCUCCCGAGGCCCGUAGAGGGCUUCUCCGUUUGCUGAACCCCUUUGCAAGGAAGCAUUUGUCGAUCUGCAACUGAGUCGCAACAGACCGGACCUCCCAUUGUCUACCACCACUGCUGCCACAAUGGAAAUGGCAUCGUCGCCAGCAGCCACAUUGCCCAUCUCCUUACAGCCGCACUCCCUGGUGGCAAAGCAGCAGCAGCAGCAGGACAGUCCCAACUCCCCUUCGGAUUCAUCCCCUGACCUGGGCGUGAUCCUGGUGGGCGCCGAUGGCGUUGGCGGCGACGGUGGCGGUGGUAGCCUCGUCACGACGCCCGAGGGACCGUGGGCCCGUCCAGCCGAGCGACGGCCCCUGCCGCGCUUCCUGAGCACGGACUCAGGCGUUGAGUCGCCGUCGUCCGACGCUGAGUCUCCCUCGCAGGCGAGCGCGAUUCUCAAGCCGCGCCGAGCGUCGAUCGCGGUGGUGGACCGCGUGAAGCCACAGGCCGGCGGGAGCGGCUGCCCUUUCCCCGUUGACCCUGCACCAUCGGCCGUCGCGGUAACAAUCCGAGGAGAAGGAGACGGUGGUGACGGCUAUGGUGGCCUCCGUCCGGCGCCGGCGGCCGGUGCCGGAGCGCGGUUGGACAAGUCGGAGAUGGAACCGAGUUGCCUGGCGGGCGAGGGCGGUGAAAGGGAGCUUGUGGAGAGGGGUCGCGGAACCACGGCGGUGGUGGUGGCGGCAGGGGUCGCCUGCUGUCCGCAGGUCAAGCGGCCGUGCAGCCUGGCGAUGGAGCAAAGCGCCGCGCAGCGCCAGACAGCAGGUGAUGGUGGCGGGGAGGCCCCCCCCGGGCGCGUGGGGGGGUCGCGCGCGCUGCGCUCGCUGCACCUGGUGCGCUCCGUGCGGGACUCGUGGCGUCCCGACGACGGCGCAGCGCUGCUCGCCUCCCCGACGCUGCUGCGCGCCCCGCGCUCCCCCGAGCCGCGCUCCCCCGAGCCGCCCUCCUCGGUGACCUCCUCGGACGAUCCCGCAGCUCGCGGGCCGUCGUCUCCACCGUCGGCGCCGCCUGCGGCUUCGGCGCCGGCCCCCGCCGGCUAUAGCCUCCUGCGCGCGGAACGCGAGGAGGAGCUCGACAGCGAACUGGUCCUCGACGGCUCCUCCUCCUCCUCCUCCUCGUCAUCCUCGCCUUCGUACGACGGCGAAGACGACCGAGGCUUGUGGGGCUCGGCCCGCCGGUUCGGCGCCGGCGGGCCCUGGGCGCGCAGGCACACGCUGCCGGCGGCGUGGCCCUCGUCACGCGGCCUGCCGGCGUUCCCCCUGGACGGGGCCGGCAGGGCCGCGGGGGCCGGGCGGGUGAGGGCUCGGCGGGGCGACGCCGCGGGGAAGGGUGGAUGCGGCGCGAGGGGCGUGGUGGCGACGGCGCCCCCCCGGCUGACGGCGCGCGUGCCCCCCACGCCCGUGGCCCUGCUGAGCCUCCUGUGGCUGGGGGGUUUCCCCUCGCUGCUGUGCCUGCCCGCCGUGCUGGCCGCGGGGAUGGGCCGACGAGCAGCCGUGGAGCUUGUGUACUGGCGCGACGUGCGCAGCUCGGCCGGCGUGUUCGGCGCCACCACGGUGCUGCUGCUGGCGCUCACGCAGUUCAGCGUCGUGAGCGUCGUGUGCUACGUCUGCCUCGCCGUGCUCUCCGUCACCGUCAGCUUCCGCGUCUACAAGUCCGUGCUACAGGCCGUGCAGAAGAGCGACAGCGGGCACCCCUUUCGGGCAUGUCUGGAGUGCGAUCUGGGCGUGUCGCAGGCCACCGUAGAGACGCACCUGGACGUCGCUCUCGCGCGCUUCAACGCGGUCGUGCGUGAGCUCCGGCGCCUCUUCCUGGUGGAGGACCUCGUCGACUCGCUCAAGUUCGCUGUUCUCAUGUGGCUUCUCACUUACAUCGGAGCGAUCUUCAACGGCCUCACCCUUCUCAUCCUCGGUGUCCUGACCCUGUUCACAGCUCCCGUCGUUUACGAAAAGUAUCAGAAACAGAUCGAUCACUACCUGGCCCUGGCUCGCAGCAAUCUCAACGGCGUCAUCGCCAAGGUCCAGGCCAAGAUCCCUGGUGCCAAGCGCAAGGCGGAGUAAACGCGGAGGUGGCAGAGAGUCCCAGAGGUCCUUCCCCAACUUCCCCAAACCCCCUCGUCCCGUCGUCACCAUUGCCCUCAUCAUCGUUCUUAUUAUUAUUAUUAUGACUACUACUGCUACGGUGGUGGUGUCUCCCCGUGGGUUUCUCCAGCCCACCGUCGCCUUCCUUCUCGUCCCCUCCACACGGAUUUCUUGGCAUUGUGAGAUAUAAUUUUAGGGGUUUCAUUGCGUGAAGUAAGUUAGGCUCGAGCGACUGUAGUCGCCCCCCCCCCCCGUUAUCCGUAAGACCUUUCCCCGCUACCGUUCACUGUGGGCCGUGCCACUCACGCUUUUGGUCACCACCCCUUCCUCGUCCGCCUUCACGCCCCUCUCCCCCGCUGCCAUGCCAGUCCGGUCUGGAUGUGCCCCGUGUACAGCGAUGGAUAGGCACGGCUCUGGUUGCGCUGUUGUGUUUCUACCGCCGGCUCGCUUGGUUCCGUGUUAUGGGGGCAGGGGGGGGGGAGGCUUCUGCGGUUUGCCGUGCCGGGUGAGGAUAACGUUAAAAGUCGCGCGAACCCGCUCUCUUGUGAAAAGGUCGCGGAGCAGCGGGCGAUGGCGGCAGCGGGGUUAAAUAAAAAUGGUAAUUGAACAUUUCGACGGGAGCGUUAAACACGGCCCGCGUCGGUUUUUCGCGGUCGCGCUUCGCUGUUCUCCUCUGCGGUUUUUCCCGUUUGUACCGCGCGGCGUUCGCCAUGACGUCUUGAGGUUUCGCUCCGCCCACUGGGAAACGUCUUGCCGAUUUUCAGUUCCUGAAGAAGCGCACCCCAGCACCACGCAUGGCCAGUCCGGCACGGGGCCGUCACCAUGGCGGCGCCCGUUGAAUUUGUGCGUUGAAGCCGCCAAGGUUGGAGGGGGACACUCCCCCAUGUAGUCUCAGUCUCGGGGGGGGGGAUUACAGUUCAACUGUCACUUGUGUAAUUGACUGACAUCUCGCUCCACAUGCUAGGGGGGGGGGGGGGAUCUUUCGUAAAGCGAGUUGCUCUUGCCAAACAACACGCCGGUACAACGCCAAACCGUAUCGGGGGGGGUGGGCGGGAGGGAAACGGCUAAAGCCGUGAUUUUUUUUGUUUCUCCGUAUGAGAUGGGGUGAGAGAUAGCCAAGCUGGGUUUUGAACGGGAGCGUCUGCGCAGGCCGGGCUGGCGUGGCGGCGGCACCGUGUCUGCCUCCGCUUGUGAUCGCCGUCGGCGAGCGAGAACGUCGGCAGGGAUUCAGCCCCGUCCCGCCUCGCUCCGCCUGCACACGGGGGGGAACGUUCGGGUCACUCGUGCAAUAUGAGAGACGUUCGCCGGUCUCGCCUUGCUCGUCAAAAUACACUUCAACAUAAAACUCAAAUUAACACAAUUGGUGGCAGCGGUGGGGUUCGGGUUUCCGUUACCCAUGGUCGAUGGCGCUGACCCAUUGGCGCCAAGAGUCCUCAUGGUCGGGGUUUGGCCAAAUAUUGGGUUUUUAUUUGGAACGGUUACACUAAUAAGGCGAGUUUGGCUGGUGUGGUAAGAUUACAGCACUUGUGAAUGCGCCAUGGAAAUUGAGGGAAGGCUUUCAUGCUGUUUGGGAUGGGGUUAAACUCUGGACUUUUAGGCGUUGGGGGCUGCCCGCUCACCGGAUUCCCCGGUUGAGCCUCCCAGAACUGCGGUGGCCUUGCUCACGCUCUCGGCCCAAGGUUGGCGCCGUACCCUGUCGGGCUGGGGUUAAGCUGCAAGUUUAGCGGUGAAAGAUGGGUAGGGUCCUUGGGGUUGAGGAGUUAGGGUCUCCCCCCCCCCCCCCCCCCCCCCCCCAGUUUCUUCUCCGGCCUCGAUUACCUGAGGCAGACACGGCACGGCUGUGACCCCGCCUCGCCCACACGACGAGCGUGCCGGUGUCCGCGCCACUUUACACGCCCGUGGCUUCCACGACAAGCCACCCCUGCCACCCAUCCCACCCGUGCCACCUGCGCCACCCGCGCACCACCCGUGCCGCCUUGUGUGAGCACGAGACGCCAGUGUCUGCGCGCGCCCGGCGCAACAUUGCGGGCGCUUGCGAGCACGUGGCCAAGGUUUCUCCGUUCUUUCGGCACAAUCGCAAUGAACGAUUCGGGGGGGGGGGGGGGCUUUUAUUUUUCACUGAACGUUUGCCGGGUCGCUGGUAGACCAGAGUAGGGUGGCACGUGGCACGGUGGUAGCCCGAGGCCAUAGCUGGAGGUAUAUAUAUACACACACACACAUGUAUACGGGAUGUAUGUGUACUGGAUGUGGUGUGCCGAGUCGCUUACCCCACGCAAUACCCGGCUGAAAUUAAGCCCCGAGUGUACAAAAAAAAAGUGCGUUCGUCUUAACAUCCCCCCCCCCCCCAAAGCAAAAACGACUUCCGACUACAUUAUCUGUUAUUACUACUACUACUACUAUACGGAGCAGUGUUAAGUUAUUACGGCUAUCUAUUCUAAAUGUGUAAUAUAUAUUAUUAUUAUAUACACGUGUGCGUGUUUGUAUGUUCGGCGUUUUUUUCGUGGGGCAGCUUUGAUUCCCGCGGCGCCCCAAGCUGUUGGCGGCGUGCGGCAAGCUGUCGUUCGCCCAUGUGGCGUCGAGACGGUGGUGGUGGUGGUGGUAGUCUUCGGCGUAGAGACUCGCGCGUAGUUAGCUCGCUGUUCUUCACUUUCUCGGGCGUGACGCAACAACAAAAAAUCGUCGUCACGCGAUCGCCUCGAGUUUAAAAUCACCGUCGCUCGUCAACGCUCGCCAGCCAGUGGUGGUGGGGGGGGAGGAACCCCACCAACACGGCAAGGAGAAGAGGUGGUCGUUGCUCACAGGCACGUGUUCGGAUAAGUGGAUUGAAACGGUUGGGUAAUGCACGCAAAGGUUUCGGAGGUGAGCAAUGUGUUAACAGUAAUGCGCUGCAAGUAACGCGUUGCUGUAAUCGGAUUGCAAAAACCAGGUACGGGAAGUCGCCUAUAUACUCGUUUUACAAUGAGCAAUCGGCCAUUGUUACUUCACGUUCGUCGGUUGAGUUGAGAUUUAUCCGUUUUUAUGAAUGCUUUACAUCAGCAUCAUAAACAUCAGCUAUGGUAAAUCCACUGCUGGAUGAAAGCCUGCACCAGGCAACUGUCAACCCCCUCCUCCACCCCCCCCCCCCCCCAUGCUAUGAUGUAGUAACGGAACAAUCCACCUGGCGUCUUACACACGUGCUCAUUUCUUGCAUAUGCUCCAUCUCCCCAGAUGGAUGUACUCUCCGAAAUGUUCCAUCCCUUGGCCAUUUAUUGACAUGGAAAAUGAACCCCCAAAAUCAAAUGAUCUCGAAAUCGAUGUAAAUGUGGAAAAUUAUAAUGCCAGGAGCUGGGAUUUAUAAGUACAGCAGAAGUAGCCAAUGCAUAUGGAGCACACGCCUCCACAGUCCGCAUUCGUGAUGAACUGGACUCACUAGAGCGCGCAUUGUCAAAUGUUAUUACUAAUAGGUAUAGCAUGAGCUGAAAAGUCUACGUGUUGUGUUUUAAUUUGCCAUGAUUAAUCAAAAAUAUAAUCGCCUAAAUUAGAUCACGGUACUUUGAAAAAUACCAAUUUGUGUGAUUAUGUUACGCAUAAAAAUUGUGUGGGCGAUCUUUGCUGUGUGUGUGAUCCCACUUUUUGAGUCGUUUGCGGGGGUGAUGUUUCGGCAUCGGGGUGUUUUUGGCCAAUGCCAGUUACGUUGUGUUUAUUUUUGUCUUAUGGGAGGAAACCGGGGAACCCGGAGAAGAUUCGUGCAGAAUAGGGGAAGAAAAUGCAAACUCCACGGCAGAAAGGGAAUCCUUGUUGCCCGUGAUCGAAUGUCCUCACUGCACUGCCCCUCGAUGUGUGUUUGAGUGCACGUCAGGCCAGGUAGACUCGGCCUCAAACGAGUACCUGGUGCGGUGCGUAAAAACAUCGCCACUCGGGAGACAAAGGCGGCUGGGCGUGGUGCUGGUCACCCACCCCCUCGUGUGCCGUUCUGGCCUUCAUAGGUGCUCGCUAACAGCACUUGGCCCCAACAGUUUUAAAGCUAUCCAGGGGGGAUCUUUGUCUUUGCACGUCAGGCCAUAUGAUCGCCCAGGCUGAAAACGGUCAGCGCAGUACUCUAACCGCUGCGCCACCGCCCCACCAAAAGCCUAACGUACAAAAGCUAAAUCAAAAUAACGGGACAGACGAGUUAAAAUUGCACGGCAGUUAAACCUAAGUGAUGUGAAGCGCACACAAACCAACUGCGCAGUGCCAAUGUAAAAGAUGCACCAAACAGAAUGCAAAGUAAUAAUCUAAUGCAACACGUGGAUACGAUUCUAUUUUCUUCUGUCCGCGAACAGAAGAAGAUGAAACCCACGUGGCCACGAGGGACAUGACAGCCGGAGGGAUUGAACCUUGCGUCUCGGGAAGAAGUGCGCGUGGGUGGUGUUGGCACGCCGUUUCUGGAUGACGGUUUUCCCCAAUGACUGCAAUCGCUGCGGAUCUGUGUGAUCAAACGGCUGGGCUGGGCCAUCUCUCUUUUUUGUUGUUGUUACCUCUCUCCGCUCUAUCCGCUCGUUUUUGGGAAGUGACGAUCCGAAGCAAUUAAAACUCAGAAACCUUCCAGCCGACGUAUCCAGUUCCUUGCGACAACAACAACAAAAAGAAC